UGCAUUCCUUGUUGACAGUUUGGCCGGUCGGUGGAAUUCGGAGUGCACCACACCUCGAUAAUCGAAGAAAACUGUCAACAUAAUCUUGAUUUUCGGCUUCGGCUCACUUACGUACAGGGUGGCUGAUGAAUUUUGCUACUUUAAGAAACUCAAAUAAUUUUUUUUCAGUGUAUGGAAUUCAUUUUUCUUUUAUUCAUGUUAAAGCUCAUUCAAUUUUAUUAAAUAUAGCUUAAUUAGUUUUAAAAAUAAUGGAAUUUAAAUGCCCCCUGCUCGUUAAUGCAUGUGCGGCAUCUUACCAAAAAGUUGUUCAUUACUGCUUGGAGAGUUGAGACAGGAAUAGCCGCAAUUGUUUUCGAAUGGAUUGCCUUAGUUCAUUCAAAUUUGUUGGUUUUGCUUUGUAGACUUCCUGUUUGCAAUAACCUCACAAGAAAAAGUCAGGUGCAGUAAGGUCAGGCGACCUGGGUGGCCAACGGAAUGCGGAGUUUCUGGAUAUCAGCUUAUUGGGAAAUUUUCGUCGCAAUUCUGUCAUAACAGGUUGGGCUAUGUGAGGAGCUGCACCAUCUUGCUGAAACCACACAGAGUUGAAAGAAAUUCUCAUUCGGAGUAAUUCUGGAUAGAAAAACUCUCUCAACAUGCUCAAGUAACGGUCUCCAGUAACCGUAACGGUGUGACCGUUUUCUUCGAAGAAGUAGGGCCCGAUAAUGCAUGGUGAUGAAACUGCAUACUACACUGUGACACGAAGUGGAUGCAAUUCCGUCUCAUAGAGUAUCUGUGGGUUGGAAGCACUCAAUAUUCGACAAUUUUGUUUGUUUAUGUUGCCGUUUAAAUCGAAAUGGGCCUCGUCAGACAUGAAAAGACAGUUCAACAUGUUUCCAUCCUCUUCCACCAUUUGAAGCAUCUUCUGGCAAAAUUCCAAGCGAAUCGGCAAGUCUUCAGCGUUCAGUUUGUUAGCCAUUUGAAUUUUAUAUGGGAAUAAGUCCAAAUCUUUGUGCAUAAUUGACUGUAAUGACUGUCUGCUUACACCCAUUUGAGCAGAUAAGCUUCUUGUCGAAACACGUGGAUUGUUUUGUAUGGUAGCAGCUACAGCAGCGACUGUUUCCUCCGUUUGAACUGAAGGGUUUCGAUGGUAAGGUCUUCUGUUGACUGUCCCAUGCUCAGAAAAAUUGUUUACAAGUCUCAUUAUGGUCCAUCUGCUCGGAGGAUUGCCGCCAAACGUGCGCCUAUACUCUCUUUGAACCGAAACUACGGACUCCAGUGCGUGAUAGCGGCGGACAAUCCAAAUUCUUAUUUCAGUGUCCCAGUUAUCCAUUUUUGUUAAAUGUAAAAGUCUAUCUGCAAAAUAAAAAGAAAAAUUAGCCAGAUUCAUUAAAUAGAAAAAAAGUUAUUUAAUUUUUUUUUGGUAGCGGCUUUCAUCAGCCACCCUGUACUAUAUUCGGCCGAUUGAUCGUCCGUUUGUGGGUUGUAAGCAAAUAUCCAUCCCUGGUAAUAAUAAGUUUCAUGGUAUGCAUUGUUUCACAGUUGUUAACGCCACUCUGUUUUAUUGAGUGAUUUUGAAACCAACCGUGGUUUCACUUUCCUUCGGCUAUUUCAACGCUGCCGAUAAGAUCUAUGACUGUUAUCGUCGAUUAUCAAUCACCAAUUAAAAUUUAUUGACGUGCUGAUCAUCAGUUGAUAUUGAUGGCCGUCCUGAACGUGAUUCUUCGUCAACGAGUUAUCGACCCUCUUUGAAUAAUUUGUACAAAUCAAAAAUAUUUCCUCGCGACAGACAAUCAUCACAAAGGACCUUUUACAACGUUUCGGCAUCAGAAAUUUGAUGAAUAAUUUCACUUGUCGUAAAAAUACUUUAUGUACUCAACACUAAUGAUUAUUUUGAUAUGACCUGUGGCACAAAUAGUCAUACCAACCUAGGAACCUAGGAUUUCGACGAGUGGGAGAUGGCGCAAACAUCUCAGAAACAAACACGUGUUGUUGCUCCCGUGUUUAUUCCCAGUAAUCAUCUGGACCCAUAUUUUAAUAAAACUCGCUCCCGACCUGUUGACAAUCUGCCAUUGAAAACUUCAACACUAUCUAACGACAAGACUGAUAUAGAAAUUAUAGUAACGAAUCCUAACUAUCAACCAACGGCAUAUAUGACUUCACGACCAAAUACAACUCGUCACAAACUGCUUCGGGAUUUAAGUCAUACAGCAUUAUCGUCAAAUGAAGAGAUUUACACCGACCGUAGUAAAUAUAUAGAGCUUGAAACAAAACGGAAAAAAGAGUAUCAAAGGGAAUUAAUGGAACAAAUCGUAGAAAAAAGGCGUACUGUUCAACUUUUACGAGAAAAGGAACGUAUGGAGGACGAAGCUUUAACAAGGCGUUUACAAGAGCAACUUAAAUCAAUUCAUUUGGAGGAACAAUUGGCGAAUGAAAACAUUUUCACUGAAAAGGAUACGAAGAAAAAUCGGCUAAUGAGAUCUCAACUUCUUGUUAAGUUAGAAAAUGACGCUAAUAUGCUAUUUGACAACAAAAGUUUCGAAAAAGGGGAAAUCCCAGCGGACAUUGGCGAUGGAAGUUUAAAAAAUAGCAAAUGCUAUGAGAGGGGGGAUGCAAAUAAAAAUAAAGUUUAUAAAUAUUUUAGUAAUUCAACUCGCCAAGACAGCCACCAUUAUAACAGUAUGAGCUCGUAUACAAAUAUAAUUCCUGCCGAUAAACAUUUGGCUGAAAAAGAAUGUUUUCACUUGAGUGAAAAAAUUUGCUCGAAAUGUGAUGAACCGUUAAAGAGCUAUGAAAGGUGUUGUCUAUAUUGCCAAGAACGACUUUAUACAAACCAAAAAGAACGUGGAGAAGUUCAAUCAAAGGUUAAAGACAAUGUCAUUUAUGUGUGUGAUAAACACAGUUUAAGAAUUGACAGUUUGACAUAUGAAAGGGAGAAUCGUAGAUCUAGUGAAAAUUUUCAGUUUGAUGAAAGUGAUAUGGAAAAAUAUACAUACAGUUUUGUAUUAGUUUGUCAUAAAUGUGAACGAAUAUAUAUAGCUUGCCAAAAUUGCGUUGCAAAAAAAGCCGUUUGCCGAGCCUGUCAUCGUAAGCUUAACAUUUGCAUGAGUUGUAGACGAAAUUUAUGUAAUAUAUGCAUGAAUGAAAUAGCUACGGGCCAGAAUACGAACCGAAUACAUACGAUUGAUACGCAGGCUAAUAAAGAGGUUGAAGAAAACCAUUUAAAGCAAGGCGUGGAUUCAUUUCGCAUACUUAAUUUAAAUACUACUGCCCCAAACAUUGCUGAAGAUGGUUACAACAGUUCGUUAAUUGGUACCGUUGCUAAAGAUACACCAUGUCAUCAAAUUAAACAUAAUUUGGGGGAUGAGAAGCCACAAGUUCCUCAUUUGGAUAGUAUUGAAGUAAAGAAUUUUUAUUUAGAUGAAGACGAAAAUUCAUGCAUUGACAGUGUCCGCACCGAAACGGAUAAGCAUCUGUCUCGAUACAUGAAAAAUUAUGGUGAUGUUGCCCGAUUGCGGAUAGACAAAGAAUGUAGCAAAAGCGAAUCUCGCCAUUGUGGCACACAAACAAUCAAUUCCAACUUGAAGCGGCGUGAUAUUAUGCUGAAAGAGGAACAUAAUUUGUCGAUGCCAUUGCUACGAGAAAUGCCAAAAAUGACGAGAAAGCAAUUAUUAAAUUGCCCCGAAAUAGACACAGCACAUAGAAGACGGAAACUCAAUUGUAUCGAGCAGAAGUGGGAGGUUCCAGCCGUACAGAAGUGUAUUAUUACUCAGAAUUCUCAUACCCUAACUGAAGUGGGCGCUAUAAGAAAGCAACUACAAGCUGAAUGUCUGAGUGAUGCGCAAAUUUAUUAGGUUUUAUUUAUCAAAGUGGUAAUUUCUAUAAAUAUUUUGGAUAAUAAUUCAAAUUUGUACUAACUGUAUGAGCUUUAGAAAAUACAUAUAUCAUUUAUUUUCUACCACAAA